ACGAUUCCGUGCCGGCCGCGGCGCGGCAGUGGGCCGUCUAGGUUACUAUAGAGGUCAAUGUGACUUGUUUACAGUGGUGCUGCAGGGCGCGGUGGGCGGUUUCGUGAAAAUAAUUUUCAAAUUUUGUUGUAGUGUGCCGACUGCCGUGAUAUACAUUGUACGAGAGUUGAAAACUUAACGUCAGAUCUUCUGGACAUACGCACUUCAACAAUCUGCGUUAACUAAGCCACUGUAGCUGGCACAGUAGCCGAGUCCAUUCACGAUGGCCGAACCGUCAGUGAAGGUGGGCCAGCGUGUACAGACCAAGGACUGCGUCGGCACCGUGGCCUACGUGGGCACCGCUCAGUUCGCCGCCGGAAAGUGGGUCGGAGUCGUGCUCGACGAGCCCAAGGGCAAGAACAAUGGCACCGUCCAGGGAAAGACAUACUUUCAGUGUGAAGACAACCAUGGUGUGUUCGUGCGCCAAACGCAGCUCACCAUUCUGGACGGAGGCGGCUCUGCACCCGGCUCUAAAUCCGCCACCCCGGUACCGGAAAAACCGAAAAGUCGCCCGGCGUCUCGUCUGUCGUCGGGCGGCUCGGCGUCGGUGGGCGGCGGCCUGUCGCGCCUGCCGCGCCUCUCCAUGGCGGCGCCCAGCUCGGCGGCCACCCCGGGCCGGCCGGCCGCGGCCGCAGCCAUGCCCCGCUCGCGAUCGGGCGACAGCGUCAACAAGCUACCGACGCCGGGCUCAACGGGCCGCCUCUCGGGCCAUGCCUCCCCGCGCGAGCCGACCAAAAUCAGCCCCAAGGGGCGCAACAUGCCCACCAAGAAGGCAUCCUCCACGCUGGAGAUCUCGCCAAAGAAGGAGCGAAGUGCCACCGGCUCGACGCAGGACCUCACCGCCAACAAGAGGGCCUCGUUUGUCGAGACGGGUUUCGUGGAGAGCGCCGCGCCCGUGACACCCAGUCCAGCCGCAGCGGCUCCGGCCGGGCCGUCGGCCGCCGACCAGCAGCGAGAGAUCGACAACCUCCGGGACGAGGUCAAAGACCUCAACGAGAAACUCGAAACACUUAAAACCAAGCGCGCGCAGGACCGCGACAAGCUCAAGGAGCUGGACAAGAUGCGCAUUCAGCUAGAGCAGCUGCAGGAGUUCAAGGCGCGCAUGCUGGAGCAGCAGGCGCAGCUGCAGAAGGAGCUGAAAAAGGCCAAGGAGGAGCGUCAGGAGGCGAUCGAGGAGCGCCAGCGCAUCCAGGAGGAGACCUCGGACGUCCAGGAGACGCUGGAGAUGGCCGCGCUCGACAAGGAGAUGGCGGACGAGAAGGCUGAGACGCUGCAGCUGGAGCUCGACCAGGCCAACGAGCGGAUCGAAGAGCUGCGACUGGACCUGCAGAUUCUGCAGGAGGAGGUGCAACAGAAGGGCGACAGCGGCGAGGCGGCCGCCACCAGCUUCCAGGUGAAGCAGCUGACACAGCAGAACGAGCGGCUCAAGGAGACGCUCAUAAGGAUGCGGGACGUAGCCGCGCACGACAAACACGAGCUGCAGCGCACCCAGAAGGAGAUGGAGACGCUGAAGACGAGUCUGACCGAACUGGGACGCGAGAGGGACAAGUUCCGGGCCCGCUCGGAGGAGAUGGAGGCCAGCAUCGCCGAUCUGCAGGAACAGGUGGACGCGGCUCUCGGUGCCGAGGAGAUGGUGGAACACCUCUCUCAGCGGAACCUCGCUCAGGAGGACAAGAUUCAGGAGCUGCAGGAGUCGGUCGAAACCCUGGAGGCGCUUCAUGACAUGAACGAGGAGAUUGCCGAGAACUUUAGAGAGACUGAGCUGGAACUGAAGCAGGAGCUGGACAUGCAGACGGGACAGAUGAGACAGACUGAGAGGAAUCUGGACGCUGCCAACGAGGUAAUCGCCGAUCACCUGGCCACGAUCGGCAAGUUCCGGGAGCUCGUACAGCGUCUGCAGGAUCAGAACACCGAGCUGAGGGAUCAGCUGGAGAAGGAGACCAACAAGCCGGUCGGCGUGCCGGCGGAGAAGAUCGACUUCAAGAAAAUGUUUGCGGAGACGAAGGCGCACGCCAAGGCGAUCGAAAUGGACCUGCGAAAGAUUGAGGUGCAGCAGUCGAACCGUCACGUGGAGCUGCUGGCCAAGUUCCUGCCCGAUUCGUUCCUGGCCAGGGGAGGCGACCACGACGCCGUGCUGGUACUUCUGCUAGUGCGCCGGCUGACCGUCAAGGCGGAAAUCCUGCUGGCCCAGCUGCGGGACCGCUUCCCGGCUCCAUCCACCAUCGACAAGACGGCCGUGCUCAAGACGCACACGGUGGAGCAGUACUGCUUCGGCGCCCGGCUCAUCCACCUGCUGCUGGCUCUCCAGACGAGUCUGGACCAGUACCGUCACGCACUGGACACUGUCGAUGUGGAAACACUGCUGAAGGUCGGCACCCUCUACCCGGAGAUGGCCGCUCAGGAGAGGGGAGUCGACUUCUACAUCGAGCUCCUUCGACAGGAUCAGCUGGGUGAAAACGUUGGCCUGGAGAACAUGGAACGCGUGCUGAACUAUUUCACCAGUCUGUACCCGAACCACCUGGCAUCAGCUGGCACCGACCACUACAGCCAUCUGCUGGCCUCCGCCAAAACCAUGAGUUCCGCCUGCUCGUCGAUAGAGGCCGAGGCUCAGCGGCUGAAGGUGAUCUCUCAGGAGGGCGAGUCCCACACCCUGUUCGGGUGGCUGGCCGCCACUGCCGAGGCCUGUGGUCAGCUGGCAAAGAGAGUCCGACGCCGCCUACCCCAGGACGGAUCGGCAGAGAGGAUCUCCUAUCCGGACCAGGUGGGCGACUCGAUCGGAGACGUGCUGCGCCACCUGUACCGGGUGGGCUUCGUGCUGAGGGACGUCGGACGUGCCUCCACGCCGCUGCUGGCUGCGCUCACUGACGUGGAGUCGGGCCUGCCCUCGUCCAAGUGUAUGGAGGCGGUGGCGCGCAGCGUGGACCUGGUGUACGGCGCAGACGACCACGGCGCCGACUCCUUGCGCUCCUCGCUGACGGCUGUCUCCGAGCAGCUGACCCGGCUGGCCGACGCUCUGGAGAAGGGAGAGUACGACUUCGACGGCUCCGUGCCGGAGAAGCCGACACCGCCAGUGGAGCUGCGCCAGCGCGCCGUCAAGGCCGAGAUGCUCGAGGGUAGCGGCAUGAAGGCGCGCCUCAAGAACAGAGAGGAGGAGAUCAAGGAGCUCAAGCUGGCGCUGAAGAUGAAGGCGGAGGAGCUGAGCGAAGCCAACGUCAGGCGCGAAAUGGCCGAGAAGAAGCUGUCCGGAUCGGCGAAGGACGCGGAUCUUACCAUCGAGAAACUGCAGAGGAAGCUGGACGACGCCAACCAGCUGUUGCGCAGAAAGGAGCGCGAGUCGGAGGAAACGCUGAACCACCUGCAGACGGACCUCGAGUCACUGGAGUCUGAGCGGUCCGAGCUCAAAGAGAAACUCAAACUCAUCAAGAAGAAGGAGCUGCUGCAGGGGCUGACCCAGAGCACGCUGGGAUCAUCGCCUUCGUCGCCCGGCAGCGGUCCGGCCUCUCUACCGGCGCCGGCCGUGCGCGACUCGCCCAUGCUACUACAAGAGAUUGCCGCUCUGCAGCAGGUAGUCCGACGCCAGCGGGCGGAGAUCUGCAGCCUGGCCAGCGCCGAGACGCGCCGAAAACUGGAUGCCAUGCUGCCGCUCAAGGUGCCGCGCCAGCCUCCUACCAUGGCGGAGGAGUACAAGGACCUGGAGAACCGCAUCACCAAGCUGAAGUGGGACGUUAUGGACCACGAGUGCCACCCGGUGGUACCGGACCUCACUCGGCCCAGCUGGAAGACCGAGUACGCGGCGGCCCGCGCGCGCUCCGUCGCUCGUCUCCAGGAGCUCAACAAGGCCGGCCGACAGCUGCGGGAUGACGUGGUGCGCUACGUGGCCCGCCACCGGGCCGGGGGCACCGCCUCAUCCGACUUCGGCCUCUUCCCGUCGGCUCCUGUCGCUAAGACGCUGUCGUCUGGCCCGUCGCAGCUGCUCGGUCGCGUCACCCUACCGGGUGUCUCCGGACCCUGCGUGCCUCUGGACGUGACUCCCCAGGACGUGGAGAAGAUCCACCACCAGCUCGUCUCCCUUAUCGCCGUCUGAGCGGAGCCGCUUCGAAUGGCCCGGAGGUGAUGAACUGACGCACUGUGCACCGCGAAUUCGUUGUAAGAGCAAGAAACCCACUGUGCAUCGAUGACUGGUGUAGGAUAUUUAUUCGUCCCACUGUGCGUCGCUUAUCCGCCGUAAGAAAAGGAAGACCGCUGCGUCAAUAGGCUAUUUUGGGGUAUCUAUUGACCCAAUGUGCGCUGGCCGCUCUACUAGAACGAUUCUUCCACCGUGCGCCCGCACGGCGUGAUGUAGUCGCUCUGUCCUGUCUCUCACAGACUUCUAUGGCGCUAAGUGAUAACUGGGAUGGAUAGGAACUUCUUCCAGACGGUGUGUGGCAUUGGAGAGUGGGAACUGAUCCUUCGCGGCUCGUGCCUUCCAGGCUGAUGGUCUUGUUUAGUGUUGGAAAACGGGAGUCUGUGUGCGCUCCGUGCUUGGAGUGUUUCCUCUGAUCAUUGUGUCUGUGAUGUGUGCCGGGCGGACAGAUUCUCUGCAUUGAGAGCAGCUUUAGUUGAAUCCACACCUCUAUGUUAGUCACUAAUGUGGUCCCUGCACAGUCGGCGCGUCCCGUGGUGGGCGAAUGAGCACUGCAGGUUCGAUAUUGGAGGGUGCACGCUUCCCGAGGCGUUGGACGCUGAGGGGCACGUUCGCUUGCUAAUAAAUAUUUAUUUACUGGA